AUGGGAAAGCAAUACACAAAGGUUACGAAUGAAUAGCGUAAAGAGCUUAUCAAACUCAUUUAUGAGUAGAAUCACUCGAUCUCAAGUGCGGCUGAAAUGACAGGGAUUUACUACCCAACCGCUAAAGCGAUAAAUAAAGUAUUUAAGAAGGAGAAGAGAGUUUAAAAAAGAAACUUUAGAUAUAGAGCCAAGAAGGAAGAUCAAUUCAUUGGAAUUAUAAGAAAUAAAAUUCCAGUAGAGAGGUUACAAACCUAAAAUAUUGAUAGCUUGUAAGUUCAAAGAAUCACUUGUGGCAUCAGUCUUAAGUUAAAAAAUGAAAAUUUAUAAACUCUCAAGUAGCAAAUAGAUAAUUCAAAGGGCACUUCUUGCUAAUAAACUGAUACUAACUCAGAAAAAUCGCACGAUCUGCAGUUAACAACAUCUCAACUUUUAUUAAACAAACUCUAGGAGGCAAAUAGAGAUACAACGGUAAAAUAAGUUCUACCUUUUGAAUCAGCACUAGAAAAUAUAGUCCAGCCUGUAAAUUCUGGCUAUUUAGCAUAAUCCUAAAAUCCUAUACAAAUCACAAAGGAAUAUUUAAGUCUCCUCCAACUAAUAUUUCAUUAACUUAUGGUCAGAAAGUACAUUCAGAUUAACGAUGAAUAAAGACGCUAGUUCUUAAGACUUGUCCACUAAGAAGGAUUUUCAAUAUCUAAGGCAUCCAAAUUAGCCAGUAUUCCCUACGAUAAUGCAAAAGUCAUUAAUAGAAUCUAUUAGAGAGAACAGAGAGUAAAUAAAAUCAACUUUAGACAUCGCCAUAGACCACAAAAAUGCUUUGAAAAUGAUGAACGAUACAUCUAGUAUAUUAAAGAAUCAUAACUGAUACAUGAAUGUUGUCAAUUAGAGAAUCUCGAAUUUUGCAACUGUGAUCAGAAGGUCUAUGGUAUUUUAAUAAUUAAAAUUACAAUUACCUGCUCAACCAAUAGAAGCAGACAAAUUAUUACUGUAACAAUAAUGAAAUUCGGCCGUACUUUGAUAUGUCGGAGGAACCUAAUGAUUUCUAAAAAUACCCUCCGUCUAUCACAAAUUUAGCCGACAUCACUGGAGUAACUGAUUAUCCAGGGCUCCAAAGGAGUCUCGGGAUUGAAAUCCCCACGGAUGUAUUAGAGAAAGACUAAAGCUUGA